AUGGACACCUCUUUGCAAGCUGUCACCUCUCCCGAGGUAGUUCAAUGGUUAAGGCACCAGCUUACGGGCCGAAAGGUGCGCGGUUUGAACCCAACCUCAUCAUCUGGACUCCUCAUGUCUAGGCUUGGACAACCUGGAAGUAUCCCACUCAUGGUGGAUCCUUCCGUUAGCAUGGCAGCUUUGCACCAAGAGGCCACUGCCUCCAAUGCGCAGCUAUCUACUCCACAUCCCCAAAUCGUGGGCGAACGAAAAUGUGGCAGCUAUAACUACUGUACGACAAGCACUCGGUUCUUACAGCUUAUAAUGGUGGUGAUGAUGAUCUCACCGAUGUAUUACGUCUAUACAUGUAUCGCGGUAUCUCGAAUAUCGUACCAACUGAAACAUGAAGCGGCCUGGUGUAGCGCAUUCAAUUGCUAUGAUUGA